CAGGCGCAGGCGCAGACGCAGCCCACGCCCGCGCCCGCGCAGGCGCAGCAUCAGCCGCUGCAGAAGCAGCAGAAGCAGCACCACCAGCAGCAGUAUGUCCAGCCAGGGGCCGUGCAGUACAUGGUCUGUUUUGUUCCCGCCGAUCCGACUGGAGCCAGCGGACUGGGCGGCUACGGCAUGGGCGGCUACGGAAUGGGCGGAAUGCACCAGAUGACCAUGGGCAUGCCGAUGGUGCAGAUGGGCGCCAACGCGGGGUGGGGCGCCCCCGCGGGCCAGCAACAGGUCUACUGGGGCCAGCAGUCGCAGCCGUCGCAGCCGUCGCAGCCCGCAGAGCAGGGCGGCAAGGACGAGGCCAAGAGCUGGGCGGACCCCUCGGCGCGGCCGUUCACGCCCUCUGGGAUGCAGGACGCAUCGGCCCUGAGCUUUACUGGCCAGGCGGCAUCAUGGCGGGAGGGCCCUCGAGGGAAGGACGGCGGCCGGCGGCAGGAGCAGCAGCAGUCGUGGCGCCGGCCAGAGGCCGACGAGUCCUGGCGCAAGGGCGGCGGCAAGGGCGGCGGCGGCAAGGGGGCCCAGCCCGAGGCCCGCGCCGAGCCUGCGCCGCAGCCGUUCGAGGCCGGCCCCGGCGACUUCCCCACCCUGGGCACGCCCACCGCCGCGGGGCCCGGCGCCGACGCGGCCCAGGAGAAGGAGAAGGUCGGACGGGGCGAGGACGAGGAGACCCCCGCGCAGUCCACCCCCAAGUGGGGCCCGCGCAAGGACCCACCGCCGCCUGCGGCGGCACAGGCGGCGCCGCGGCCCGCGGCGGCCCAGGUGGCCCCGCCAGCGCCGGCAGUGGUGCAGGCGCCAGCGCCCGCGCCAGGGCCGCAGCCCGUCGCAGCGGUGCCCCCCCGGGCGGAGCAGCCCCCGGCCGAGCCCUCGGCGUGGGCGCCGCAGCAGGCC